AUGUCUUUGGGUUAUGCAGAGAAGCUCUCUUAUAGAGAAGAUGUGGGCUCUGUUGGAAUGUCUGAGAUUUUCGACCCACCCCACGUAUUGCAACAGAAAAUUACACAGCUUGCAGCGAUGAUAAAGCAGAGUAAGCAUCUAGUGGCAUUUACAGGUGCAGGAAUAUCAACUUCAUGUGGUAUUCCUGAUUUUAGAGGUCCCAAAGGAGUUUGGACACUUCAGCGUGAAGGCAAAGGUGUGCCUGAUGCAUCACUCCCAUUUCAUCGUGCUAUGCCAAGUAUUACUCAUAUGGCUUUGGUUGAACUAGAGAAGGCUGGCAUCUUAAAGUUUGUUAUUAGCCAGAAUGUGGAUAGCCUCCAUCUUCGAUCUGGAAUACCAAGGGAGAAACUUGCAGAGUUGCACGGGAAUUCUUUUAGAGAAAUUUGCCCAUCCUGUGGAGCAGAGUAUUUGCGGGAUUUUGAGAUAGAAACUAUUGGCAAGAAAAGGACACCACGGCGUUGUUCUGAUGUUAAAUGUGGGGUGAGACUCAAUGACACCGUUCUUGAUUGGGAGGAUGCUUUGCCAACAUCGGAGAUGAAUCCUGCGGAGCAACACUGUCGGAUGGCAGAUGUUGUACUAUGCUUGGGAACCAGUCUGCAGAUAAUUCCAGCUUGCAACCUUCCUUUAAAAACACUUCGUGGUGGGGGUAAGAUCAUAAUUGUAAACCUUCAGCCAACCCCAAAGGACAAGAAAGCAAGUUUGGUUAUCCAUGGUCUCGUUGAUAAGGUAAUUGCUGGAGUUAUUCAUGACCUUAAUCUUUCGAUUCCACCAUACGUUCAAGUUGAUCUUUUCCAGAUUAGUCUUACUCAGUUCUCUAGACUAUCAAUAUCAGAGAACAAGUAUGUAAAAUGGGCUCUCAGAGUUGAUAGUGUUUUUGGACCCAAAGCUCCUUUGCCAUUCAUCAAAUCAGUUGAGGUUUCUUUCUCAGACAGGCGAGAUCUCAAAUCAGCUGUUUUACAUAAGCAACCCUUUGUGCUUAAAAGGGAAAUGCUUAGAACAAGACCAUUUACAUUGGUCCUUAAGCUCAAUUUUAGUGAUGGUUGUGGUUGUCAGUGCACCAGUUUGGAGUUACCGGUCAGUUUGCAGGAACAAGGAGAUAGCAUCAGCCAUGAUAAGGAUGCUGUGGUCGAGAUGUUAAGGAAUUCGGCGAUCCAAAAUGAGUGCUUAGGGCAGGUUUCUCUUGUUGAGAGAGAAAUUCUUCUAUCUCCAAAAAAGGAAAUUGCUGUGUGUGCUGUUGCAACAAACAUAGUCUGGUAUGACAGUUAUUUUGAGAACUCUGCAUUCUUUGAAGAAACAGCAAAG